AUGCAAAAGAACGGGGACAAAGCUUCCGAUUUCCCGGAGGCACCGCAGACUGAUACUGCAACAGGUGCCGCUGUUGCUGUUAGUGUUAUUUCGGAAAUAACAGUUUCGGAUGUUACCGGCUCAUCGUCGUCAUCGUCCCCUCCGGUUGAACUGUCACGUGAAGCUGCAGCACCCAUUUACGCAAAGCCACGCGGAAGCGGGAAAGCAGUUUACAAAACGGAUUUUGACGAAGAUGGACGACGUGUGGCGAAUUAUGUCCUGUUCGAAGACUCAAUGGCAAAAGCGAAAGUUCCCUGGCAGGCGUACUCUGGGAUGACCGCCGAAGAACGUGAUAUUUAUAUGGCGCAUCUGAAAGCCGUUCGUGAACGACGACUCACUUACAAAGAUCCGAAAACUGGCUAUACUGUAAUGACCGUUUCGCAACUUUUGCUAAAUGGGAAGUGUUGCGGUAGCGGUUGUCGUCAUUGUCCGUACCAGCAUGAAAAUGCUGCUCCAGAAAUUCGAAAGUCCAAAAUAUGGAAUGGCGCUUUUUAUGUCUAG